UCAAAAGAACGACAAGGGGCAGUCACCCCAAAUCUACAAGCAACAUACACCGGUUUGCGAUGCUGUGGGCUUGAUCAAGCCCACUUAUUAUGAAUUCAACAAAGAUUGGGAAAACAAGAAGAUGUGGCAGAGUUAUCAAGUUCCCACUGCCUCACCAUUUAUAAGCUCAGCCCCUUAGAACGUAGCCAGUGUAUGUACCUUUGGGAAUCACGCACAAGCCUGACUGACAGUCAAAUGAGACUCAACAAAUAUAAGCCAACCAAUCGGAGACGAUUCCGGCUGUUUGGAUGGAUGGAAUAACAUACUCCAGUGAAUACAGUGCAGCAUGAACAGAGGAUGAAGCAUUAAGCGAGCACGUAAUCUAUGCACAGGUUAUCAUGUUUGAAGUAACUCAGGUGGAGCUCACUUGAAAAUAUAGCCUUGCUUCUGAUCGGUUUAAAGGUGGAUGGGACAACAUCGCUGAUGAAGAGGCUAAACAGUUAGAUGGGACAAAGAACAUGGAUGGAUUUUACGACCAAAAAGUACCUCUCAAUAAACCACAUGGGAAGACUUCUGGUGAGAAACCAGUCAAUGACAGAAAGCAAAAACACAUUCAAUCUAACCUGCCAUUUGGCACAGAGGAUCUCUUUCAGGACCUUUAUCAGUUGCCGGAGACCUGGCUCUGUUCAGCUCUGGAGAAUGAUGAACAGUUUGUUCCAGACUUUCAUAGUGAGAACUUGUCAUUCCACCACCUGCAUCUGAAAAUUAAAACAGAGCCACAUAGCCCCUGUGCAAAACUCAGUACAUCCUGCAGCCACGAGCCAUCGUACAAGCUGCAUUAUGGGGAGAAGUGCCUGUAUAAUAUCAGUGCCUGUGAGCAAAAGCAUAUUGCAGGCAUAAAGGCGUCUAAUCCUGUGCCUCCACCCAGCAGCACUCCAGUGUCCCCUCAUCAUGCAUCCCCCUUAACAGUCCCAUCCAACCCUAAGUCAGACAGGACAUUCCCUCACGUAGCAACUACGCAACCUACUCCUGACAGCACAUAUACCAUGGAACACAGGUUCCGACGUCAACUUUCAGAACCAUGCCACUCCUUUCCUUCACCCCAAAGUCUGCCUCGUGAUGGGCGCCCUAUGUGUCAUCGGCAGCUAUCUGAACCCAGUCUCCUGUUUGCCCCCCAGGGCUUCAAGCAGGAGUACCACGAUUCCCUGUUUGAACAUCCCAUCAUGGCAGGUGCCCCUCUUCCACAGAUGUAUCAUCCUUCUAUGAUCAUAAAACAAGAGCCACAAGAUUUCACUUAUGACUCAGAAGUUCCCAGCUGUCAUUCUGUAUGUCUGAGACAUGAAGGGUAUCUGUCUUACCCUAACAGGACUGAAGGUUGCAUGUUCGAUAAAGUGACACGACACUUCUAUGACGAUACAUGCGUGGUGCCAGAAAAAACAGAGGGUGAUAUCAAGCAGGAGGUAGGGCUGUAUCGUGAAGGACCCACCUACCAGCGCCGUGGUUCUCUACAACUUUGGCAAUUUCUGGUGGCUCUGUUGGAUGAUCCGUCAAAUUCACACUUUAUUGCCUGGACUGGGCGUGGUAUGGAAUUCAAGCUCAUAGAGCCAGAAGAGGUUGCCCGACGAUGGGGGAUUCAGAAAAAUCGUCCAGCAAUGAAUUAUGACAAACUCAGUCGUUCAUUACGUUAUUACUAUGAAAAAGGGAUCAUGCAAAAGGUGGCUGGGGAGAGAUAUGUCUACAAGUUUGUGUGUGACCCAGAGGCACUAUUCUCUAUGGCAUUCCCAGACAAUCAACGGCCUGUCUUGAAAACAGAAGUGGAACGACAGAUCAAUGAGGAAGACACUGUGCCACUGUCACACUUUGAUGAGAGCAUGGCAUAUAUGCAGGAAGGAACAUACUGCAGCUCACGUCCCUACAACGAAGGCUAUGUCUACUGAUGCCUGUUGACCACAAACAUUUUUUUUUCUGCUAUGAUGACUAAGACCAUUUGAGAGACAAAAGAGCAUUCACAAAAUCUUUCUACUGUCUCUCUCUAUGUCUGCCCUGGUGCUGUUCCCUCAUCCCUUCUACAAUGACAACCAGGACUCAGCAAGCACUUUAGAAACAGUGACUGUGAGGGUGUAACUCACACAUAGAACAAACUGUUUACUCAAUCUUUCUGUCUGUAUGGAAUUAAAAGGUUACUGAAGCAAGACAGCUGUUACAGCAUGCCACAUACGCCACAUUACCAGAAAAUACUCCCACCAUCCCAGAGAAAAGCAUUCACACAAAUUUAUUUCACUGUUUCACAAUUAGUGUUUUCUCUUCUGAUUUUCUUAGUUGUAUCAUAUGUGUAAUAUAAUAUGUUUUGUCAUGCGCUGCUGUGGUCCAAGUUGCAUUCAUCAUUAUGUGAAAUGAGUUCAAAUCAAUUGUGGUAAACUGAAUGCGUCAGUUCCAUAAUAUAAUUACAUAAAUAAAACUACUGAAAAAUA